GUGAACUAAGUGGCUCAUGUGAAGGUCCCUCUGGCUCAGUUGUUCCCAUUAGUAUUGAGAGGUUAACCUCUGACACAGUUCAGGCACUCUUGAUACCUCGUAACGCUGGGCCUCACACUCUGUCCCUAUACUAUGGAGAUUUUCCUCUUCCUGGUUCACCUUAUCAUGCGAAUGCAGAAGGAAGUGGUGGAGGAGUAAGGGUCAUUUUGACUGGCAAAGGUCUAACUGGUGCACUAUGUAAUUCAGUGGCAGAAUUCACCAUCGAUGGAUCGCAAGCUGGACCUGGGUCUGCGCUUGUCUCAUAAGAAACCACACAGAAAUGCGCCUCAGCCUGGGCCUCUCUGUCUGCGGUCUCCUCAAAGGGAAGCCCUCUCCUUUAUGGCCACGCUCAAGAGGGAGAUACAUUUCAGCCUGGCACCUCGACCUACAAGUCCGAAACCGUAGAGAUCCAAAGCCAGAGAAUUCUAGGUCCAAAGCCAGAGAAUUCUGCGAUAAAGAGUCAGGCCCCAAUACCGUAACCGCUAACUCUGGCAAGAAUCUUAAAGUAUUCCAGAAGUAACCUUGACGGGAAUGAAAACCGACCUAAAGGUGGAUUUACAGAAUACCGGAGAUAACAUCUACAAAGCAACCUACUGUCCAACAGUGCCAGGCGCGUAUUUGCUCAAUGUCAUGUGGUCGGAUCGACAAGUUAAAGGCUGUCCCUUGAAAGUAACGGUCUCAGCAGUUUGUGAUGCAGCUAAAGUUCUAUGCUCAGGUGAAGGGCUUGGUAUCGGCACUGUUGGAAAAGACAUUCGCAGUUUUAUUGAUACAAGGCGAGCUGGUCCAGGAGAAUUAAGUGCACAUUGUGUUGGUCCUCACAAAGUUGCUUAUUGUGAACUCUAUGAUCAUGGUGAUGGAACUUUUACAUUGAAUGUCAAACCGCAAGAAGCUGGAAAACAUACUCUUACAGUCAAAUAUGGAG